CAGCUCCGAGUCAGAGAGCCACCCGGACCUUAGUUGGUCCAGACCGCGGAAGAGCAAGCGUACGUUGCAGCCAUGCUUGCACCGAUGGGCUCCCUGGCGGAGGUUCUCUGCACCGCGCUCCAUCCCCUUACUUUCCUGCUGAGUGCCGUCGCUGUUCUCAUCUUUGCUGAUUUCCUCAAAAGGCGGCGCCCAAAGAACUAUCCGCCUGGGCCCCUGUCUCUGCCCUUCGUAGGCAACUUCUUCCAUCUGGACUUUGAGAAGGGGCACCUUUCACUUCAGCGGUUUGUGAAGAAAUACGGGAACCUUUUUAGCCUGGAUUUCGGUGACUUGCCUUCAGUUGUUGUAACUGGAUUACCCUUAAUCAAAGAAGUUCUUGUCCAUCAUGACCAAAACUUUAUGAAUCGCCCCAUUGUCCCUAUUCGAGAACAUGUUUUUAAGAAAAACGGAUUAAUCAUGUCCAGUGGCCAGGUAUGGAAGGAGCAAAGAAGGUUCACCCUGACAACACUGAGGAACUUUGGUUUAGGAAAGAAGAGCUUAGAGGAACGCAUUCAGGAAGAGGCUCAAUACCUCAUCCAGGCAGUAAGAGAGGAGAAUGGACAGCCUUUUGACCCUCACUUCAAAAUCAACAAUGCAGUUUCCAAUAUCAUUUGCUCCAUCACAUUUGGGGAGCGCUUUGACUACCAGGAUGACCAGUUCCAAGAGUUGCUGAGGCUCCUGGAUGAGGUCACAUGUCAGGAGCCAUCAACGCAAUGCCAGUUCUACAAUGUGUUUCCACGGAUAAUGAAAUUCCUUCCUGGACCCCACCAAACCCUCUUCAGUAAUUGGGAGAAACUGAAAAUGUUUGUUGCUCGAAUGAUUGAAAAUCACAGGACAGACUGGAAUCCUGCUGAAGCAAGAGACUUCAUUGAUGCUUACCUCCAGGAAAUAGAAAAGCAUAAGGGUGAUGCUACUUCAAGUUUCCAUGAAGAAAACCUCAUCUUCACCACCCUGGACCUCUUCUUUGCUGGAACUGAGACCACGUCAACAACACUGCGCUGGGGUCUGCUCUUCAUGGCCAUGUACCCAGAAAUCCAAGAGAAAGUACAAGCUGAGAUUGAUAGGGUGCUUGGCCAAUCACAGCAGCCAAGCAUAGCAGCUCGUGAGUGCAUGCCCUACACCAACGCUGUCAUCCAUGAGGUCCAGAGAAUGGGCAACAUCAUCCCCAUGAACGUGCCCAGGGAGGCGGCAGAGGGUACCACCCUGGCUGGAUACCACCUGCCCAAGGGGACCAUGGUUCUGACCAAUCUGACUGCCCUGCACAGGGACCCAGCAGAGUGGACCACCCCAGACAGGUUCAAUCCAGAGCAUUUUCUGGAGAAUGGGCAGUUUAAGAAACGGGAAGCUUUUCUGCCUUUCUCAAUAGGAAAGCGGGCGUGCCUUGGAGAACAGCUGGCCAGGACUGAGCUGUUCGUUUUCUUUACUUCCCUUUUACAAAAAUUCUCCUUCAGGCCUCCAGACAAUGAGAAGCUGAGCCUCAAGUUCAGAAUGGGCCUGACCCUCUCCCCAGUCACCUACCGCAUCUGUGCUGUUCCCAGGGCAUGAGGUUGUGGGAGGGGGAGGGGAAGGAAAGCAGGAAGAAUGGGCACCUCCCCCAAGGCAGGGGCUCCUGCUCAGAAGUGAGGGGACAGCAUCAAGUGCCUCUGAGCACAGGUCCUAGGAACUGCACUCAGAGGAACCUGGGUCCAAACCCCAGCUUUGCCACCUCCAGUGUGGCCCUGGGCAAAUCAGUUAAGAUGUAUGUGAGUCAUUUGCCUUUUCAUCUGGGAGAUUUGAAGAGGAUCAUGAUUGCUUCUGUAAAGGAAGAACUGCUUUAAAAAUCAGAGGAAAUAAUGGACUUGAAGUGGUUUGGAAACCAUAAAGCUCAUUAUAAAGUCGUACCUGUGAUCUGCCUCCUUCUCUGCCUUCUUCCUUAGGUGGGGAUUUGCUUCUAGCCUGUUGAGAUGGUCUGGGUCAAAGUGGUACCAGUUGGUCAAUAAGAGUUAGAAGUGGGACCCUGGGUCGUCAGCCUCAGAGGUUGGCCACAAAGAAUGUCAAUCUUGGUAGCACUGUUUAGGCUUCUGCUUCUGCCUCAGAUAACCCCCCAGGAAGGUGGCUGGGCAGGUAGUGUCCUGAUUUAUAGGCAGGUUUCUAUGGAAAAGCAGUUUCUCUUGUUCUCCUAAAGACCCAGGACCUUGGCCUUGGACCCAGGACCAAGGACAAGGUGACCUGGAAAGCAUGUAUAGGGAACAAAUGUGGAAAUAUAUUCUAUCUU